CUGCGUCCCAAAUUCCCGAUGUUCUGGUCCUGCUUGGUUUGCGGAAGGCAGCCGAGUGCGGAAGAAAACUCGGGAAAAGAGUUAAGUUGUGGGGGGCACUUGGAGAAGUUUCAGGGGAGAUCUGCUCAAGAUGGAAACCGCAGCCCGGGCGCUAAGGACGGGUUCUGCUCCCGCCUGCAAAAAGAGAAAGUCGAGCCCGCCUUCCUGCCCGACAAAAAAACAACAACACAACAACAAGAACCCCGAAGAGGGUGGAAUGAAUGAUGUCACAGAGCCGCGCUCGCAGGCUGACAAAGGGGGGGGCGCCCCUCCCCCUCGCGCCGCGCGGCCCCACAGAGGGGCGCCCCAAGCGCCGGGUAGCCAAGCGAGAGACUCGAAACUUUUCCUCUUUAAGAAAAAAAAGUUGUGCGCUGCUUGCAGUUGGUUUUUUUUUUUCUUAGCCUUCUUUCCUCGUUUCCCCUCCCCCUUCUUCCUUUUGAAAGUUUCUUUUUUUUUUUUUUUCUUCCCGAGUUUGACCGCAUGGCUGAUUCAACUUCAGUGUCAAUCACCUUUUUUUUCCUCCUCUUCCUCAUUUAAAUAAGUUUAAAGCUCCUCCUCCCCCGGUCCACCAAAUCUGAACUUUAUAAAUUGGGCUUCGCGCGCCGCAGUCGGGGAGAGUCAGAAAGGCGAGGGGCGCCGGGAGCAGGCGUGUGGGACUCCAGACCGGAGAGCCGGAGGCUGCGCCUUCCCCGCACCGGGACCUUCGCGGCACACCAGAUCCUCGUCCCUGCCCCGUGCGAGCGCCCAGGAUGACCACCACCCUCGUGUCUGCCACCAUCUUCGACUUGAGUGAAGUUUUAUGCAAGGGUAACAAGAUGCUCAACUACAGUACUCCCAGUGCAGGGGGCUGCCUGCUGGACAGGAAGGCGGUGGGCACCCCUGCCGGUGGGGGCUUCCCCCGGAGGCACUCGGUCACCCUGCCCAGCUCCAAAUUCCACCAGAACCAGCUCCUCAGCAGCCUCAAGGGCGAGCCGGCCCCAGCUCUGAGCUCUCGGGACAGCCGCUUCCGAGACCGCUCUUUCUCAGAAGGGGGCGAGCGGCUGCUGCCCACCCAGAAGCAGCCAGGGAGCGGCCAGGUCAACUCCAGCCGCUACAAGACGGAGCUGUGCCGCCCCUUUGAGGAGAACGGCGCCUGUAAGUACGGGGACAAGUGCCAGUUCGCGCAUGGCAUCCACGAGCUCCGAAGCCUGACCCGUCACCCCAAGUACAAGACGGAGCUGUGCCGCACCUUCCACACCAUCGGCUUUUGCCCGUAUGGGCCCCGCUGCCACUUCAUCCACAACGCUGAGGAGCGCCGCGCCCUGGCCGGGGCCCGGGACCUCUCCGCUGACCGUCCCCGCCUCCAGCAUAGCUUUAGCUUUGCUGGGUUUCCCAGUGCCGCUGCCACCGCCGCUGCCACAGGGCUGCUGGACAGCCCCACGUCCAUCACCCCACCCCCCAUCCUGAGCGCCGAUGACCUCCUGGGCUCACCCACCCUGCCAGAUGGCACCAAUAAUCCCUUCGCCUUCUCCAGCCAGGAGCUGGCGAACCUCUUUGCCCCUAGCAUGGGGCUGCCCGGGGGUGGCUCCCCGACCACCUUCCUCUUCCGGCCCAUGUCCGAGUCCCCUCACAUGUUUGACUCUCCCCCCAGCCCUCAGGAUUCUCUCUCGGACCAGGAGGGCUAUCUGAGCAGCUCCAGCAGCAGCCACAGUGGCUCAGAUUCCCCCACCUUGGACAACUCAAGACGCCUGCCCAUUUUCAGCAGACUUUCCAUCUCAGAUGACUAAACCCCGGGUAGGGAGGGACCCCCUGCCUACUCCACCCCCCAUCCUUACCCUCCCCUCCCUCUCUCCCUGAUUCCUGACAACCCCUACAUUAACAAGGUUAAGCUCAACCCCUUUCCCCCAGAACCUUGGAAUGCCCCUUCCCUCUCCCCUCUCUUGACCCCCCCCCCCCCCCAACAUAAGGACAAGUCAAUUUGUCAGUAGCUUCCUCUGGCUUGAAACCCCCUCUCCUCGAUUUUAUAGCCCACUUACCAUGCAUAACAGACAAGUCCCAUAUUUGUCAGUAGAUGCCUUUUUCCCCUCGGCUUACGCCUUAAGUGCCAAAUCACAAAAGAAAAAGCAGUAACAGUUUACAGAAGCAAUUUAGUGCCUUGUAAUCUAACUUUGUCACUGUGACUACAUUACCUCUUCAGCGCCAGAGGGCACCCGUGGGCCUCCCUGAGCCUCUGCCCAUGGGGGAGGGGGAGGGGACCCAGAACCAGCAGCUCCCUCCGCUGGCGACCCAACUGCACCUUCCCUUAUUUCAGCCUCCCACACCCUCCCCCCUCCCCUCUCCCCAUGACCCCCCCACACCCCUCUUGGGAGAGUUGUUGCCAGACUUGGGUUUUUGGGGAAACCUAUCUUGACAUUCAAAACCUUUUUCUUCCCGACCUGAACCUCUGUUGACUAAUCUUGCCUGGGUUCGCGUAGGUCUACAGGAAGGAAGACAAAAAGUGGAUGAAGAUCGCGACAUAAGUGGGACUUUGUGAUUUAAUUUUUUCUUUUUUUUCUUUUUUAAGUGGGGAGGAUGGGGAAGCUAGAUGGACUAUGAGAGACUUGAUUUUGGUGCUAAAGUUCCCCAGUUCAUAUGUGACAUCUUUAAAAAAAAAAAUAACAAAAAAAUGAGAGAAAAGCUAAAAAACAUGUAAGGGGUGAGCAGUUAAUGGUAUUCAUUCCACAUACAAUAGCUGUGUUAAAACGAUUUCCUGUAGAAGUAGCUUCAAUGGUUUUUGCUCUAGAAUACCGUAGGUCUAUCCUUAGAGCACUCACGCCAUGCUUUUUUCCCUGGGUUUUAAACUUCAUAUAACUUUCAGAAAUUGGAGAGCAAAAAUUUUGCUUGUCACUGCACAUCAAUAUAAAAAAGCUUAUUUAACUUAUCAAAACGUAUUUAUUGCCAAAACUAUGCUUUUUUUUUGUUAAUUUUGUUCAUAUUUAUCGGGAUGACAAAUCCAUAGAAUAUAUUCUUUUAUGUUAAAUUAUGAUCUUCAUAUUAAUCUUAAAAUUUUGUGACGUGUCUUUUUCCUUUUUUUUUUCCACAGUUUUAAUAUAUUAUUCUUCAACGACAUUUUUUGUAACUUUACACUUUUUUUGGUUAUUUUAUUUUAAAAAAAUGAAAAAUUAAUUUAAAAAAAUGCAAAAAACUGUUGGAUUAUUUAUUUUAGAAAUUUCCCCCCUUUGUGUUGGACUGCAAAUUGAGUUUCUUCUUCUUUAGGCCUUUUCAGCUAGGACUGAGAAUGUAUGUAAAAGUUCUGUGACAGUACAGAAGGAAAACAACUUUUAUGUAUGGCUUCUAAAAGGGAAAAAACAAAAAAACAAAAGAAACCCUUUGACUUCCACGUGCCCAUCUCAAGACAUUCCGAUUGCAGAUUUGAGGUUCUGGAUUCCAGGUUUGGAGUUUUCCAAUGUUAAUGCAAACAGAACUGGCACACACACAUUAAGAUGAAUGUAAUUAUUAUUCCUCUUGCUGGUCACUACCGUCGCUUUCUAUUUCUCUUUCUUUGUGUGAAUUUAUUUAAAAGAAAAAAAAACUUUUUGUAACGACUAUUUGCAGUUUAAAAAUCAAUAAACCCCGUUUUUUUCAAGAAACAUGGAUGGUGAA